GAGCCAGCGAUCAGAAUGAGUUACCAGCCAGAGACGAGCUACGAUGCUGAGCAUAAGAUCUGGAGCGGUCCGGUGGAGCGCUUCCAUUUCGCGCCCGACCUAUCCAUAGGCGAGAUCAUAUUCCAUGAGAUGCGACGCCAUCCCAAGCAGGUCGCCCAGGUUUCGGCUACGGAGCACACGUUGCUCGCACGCUCGGAAUUGCAUCAGAACUCUAUGCGGGUGGCCAGCUAUAUGCGCCAGAUCGGACUGAGACAAUCGGAUAUAGUCGGCAUAAUGGCUAGAAACUCGACGCAUAUCUCUGCCGUGGCCUACGCCUGUUUCUUCAAUGGCAUUGCAUUCCACUCGCUCAAUGUGGUCUACGAGAAGGACACCAUCAGGAAAUUGUUCAGCAUCACAGCCCCGAAGAUCAUCUUCUGCGAUGGCGACGAAUACGAGAAGUUGAAGGAGGCAACCGCUUCGCUUAAUACCCAAAUAGUUACGAUGCGGAACCACCCGCCUGGAGUUACGAAAAUCGAAGAUCUGCUGAACACGCCCAUUGAGCCGAACUUCGAACCCGCCCGCUUGGAGCAGGGGGUUCAGCAAACGCUUGCCAUUUUGUGCUCCUCAGGCACCACAGGAACGCCCAAGGCCGUAACCAUAACCAACAGCCAAAAGAUCUUCAAUUCCAGCACCCUUUUAACCACCGCCGAUGUGCAGUACUCGCAUAGUACGUUGGACUGGAUUUCUGGACUUGUCGCUCUCGUCACAUCUGGGGUUUUCAGCACGAAGCGCAUUAUAGCGGACAACACCUUCGAUCCGGCUAUACUUUUGCGCAUCAUCGAGGAAUAUAAAGUCACUUGGCUGCUACAACCGCCCUCACAUAUGGCCAUGUUAGUGAAUUGCCCGGAAUUCGAAGAGGCCGAUCUGAGCAGCUUGCGAUACUACCUAUAUGGCGGAGGGCGUUGCUCAGUAGAGGUCCAAGAAACUGUCCGCAGUCGACUGGAUCACGAUUGUUUGCAUUUCGGCUACGGCUGUACAGAACUGGGCACCAUGGCCACUAUGAAUAGGAAUUACGAUGCCAAACCCAAUUCCGUGGGUCGUCUGCUGCCCGGAUUCAAGAUAAAAAUACUAAACGAUGAAGGCAAGGCACUCGGACCGGAUGAGGUGGGCGAAGUAUGCGUUACCAAUGGCCAAUACUGGGCGGGCUAUUAUGGCAACCCUGAGGAAUCCCACAAGAUACGCGACGCCAAUCUGUGGUUCCAUACCGGCGACCUGGGCUAUAUGGAUGAGGAUGGCUUCCUCUUCAUAGUCGAGCGCAAGAAGGAAAUGUUGAAAUACCAGAAUAUCAUGUACUAUCCCAACGAAGUGGAGGAGGUUAUAGCCAAGAUGCCGGGCGUCUCCGAGGUUUGUGUCUUUGGGGUAUGGAAUCAAUUCAAUGGCGAUGAAGCCGCCGCUGCCGUCGUAAAGAAGUUCGGCGCCGACUUCCAUGCCCAGGACGUAGUGGACUAUGUCGCGGAUCAUGUGGAUGCCAAAUAUAAGCAACUAAAUGCCGGAGCUAUCAUCAUGGAUGAUCUUGCCCGCAGUGCCAAUGGGAAAACAAAUCGGAACGCCACCAAGGCUUACUUCUUGGAAGCCAAGGAUAGGAGUUAAAGAGAUAAAUCUGAUUAAGUGUUGUUAUGUAAUUAAUUGAGUAAAAUAAAAUAGAUAAUAGAGUUCAUACAA